UACCGGUUGCAUAUGCGUUACUGAUAUCACUGCAGGCUGCCUUCACUACAGUGCACAGCAACCUUAUGCUUAGCUGCUUGUUCUGUGGGUGACAUUUUAUCUCGCUACCACCUGUCUGCUAGCGCGUACACACAACUUUCGGAGAAAUACCGCCAGUUGUCCGCAGUAGUUCCCAAGACCGGUCGGUUACCAUAGCGACUAACGCUUGUUCAAUAGUCCCGGGCCGUCUGCGCCUGGGUUUCGUGUGAGCAUUGAGGCUGGAAAUAAGUACUCAUGUGUCUUGAUAUUAGUGUCACACGUGAUCACACGUUUUGGCAAUGUCUCGGCUCUGUUUAAACGAUACGGUUACCAAACAGCUUCCCGAAGAAGAAUCAACCCAGCGGCUCAGCGAAUGGAGAAAACGGCUUCUUCUGUUAGAGGGUGAGAAGAAGGCGAAUUAUGAGGAAGGAGAGGAUCAAAAGAAGAAAAACGCUGCCCUCAUCAGACAGCUCAAAAAAGAUCUACAAGCUCUAAAGGAAGAAAAAGCGCGGACUGGAAAGAAUGAACGCCUAAUGCGCGAUGCGUUGGAGGGCCUGGCAACGGGCAGCGAUGCUCACCAGCGCACAGAACCGUCGCAUGUCCUCGACAAGAAAAACAACCGGCUCGGAGACCUUACCAACCAGCUCAACAAACUGCGCGCCGCCACGGCUCAGAAAAGACAAAAGCUGGCAUCAAUCAUGGUUACAUUUAAGGAGUCCGUUGUGGACAACAUCAUGUAUGAAGAAAAUCGCCAACCGGAGGCAGUGCAUUUGCGCCAGCUCAACAACCACAUCGACUGCGUGUCUAAGAAGCUGCUGGAGGCGGAGCACGUGCGCGACAAAUACCGGCGCGUCAUCGCAUCGCUGCGCAACGAGCAGACGACAUACCGGAGCCGGCUGCAGCUGUUGCGCGAGCGGGUGGCGGCGGCGGCCGGGUCGCGCGCCACCGUUCAGCAGGCCGAGCAGUACGCCCGCUCCGUGUGCGAGUCAGCUCAGCAGCAGCUGCAGGACAGCCAGCAGCUGUCGUCACAGUGGCGGCACGAGCGGGACGCCGUGCUGGCCCAGCACAAGCGGCAGGCCGAGCAGCAGCGGUCCGAAUACCAGCAGUUGCGGCGCCAGUUGUACCUCGGCGGCGCCGACAACCCGCUGCCGAUAAUGCCGAGCCACUCGGCCGUGAUGACGGCGCGCCGUGUCAGCGAGCUGGUCGACGCCCAGCUGGCCGGACUCUACCAGGAUUCCAAGCACCUGAUCGAUUUCUUGGGGGCAAGAACAAUAGAAGAUGUCGUCAAGCUGUUCGAGAUGCAGUCGGAAACAUCGCGGCAGCUUAGCAUGGUCUGGAAGGACGCCGAAAGCAACAUCAAGCAGUUAAAGAUAAGAAAGCAAGAACUGGAGCUGGAACAGGAGAAACUCAAGUAUGCCGAUAAUAUCGAGGAAACCCGCACGCGUGCCCGAUGUGCGGAGCUGCGAAGGAGAAUCUCCGGUCACGAGGACAGAAGAGAGCUUGCCGAGACGAGAACGGCCGAGAUCACGAGAAGCUUGACGGGGAUGAGGACCAGCCUGGUUCACAUGGUCGACCUGUUCCAGGACGCUGGCGUAUCUCUGCUGAAGCUGCCGAUGAAUGAUGCAUACACAGCACCGGGCCUGAGCGACCUGUUCAACGCGGUUUCGGCAGCCGUGCAGUUUGUCAUGCAACCCUUGGAAGCCGUGAACGUAUCACAAAUGAUGAUCGAGAUGGAUGCCGAGGACUUCUUUGCCUCCAAAUCCGAACAGCUGGCCUUGGACACCAAAGUCCGAGGCAUACCGCCUAUUAAGCCGCCGGGCAAGAAACGUUUCUCAUUCCUCCUGGUGGACCGGCCGGACGUGAUCGACGAGGGGCCCAACGUGCCCACGCGCGCCCAGAUGAAGCGACACGCCCAGAUCGUGCUGGAGGCGCGCACGCGCAAGAUCCGCGCGCCGACCGCGCGAGAACAGCGCCGCGCGCGCCGGCGCAGCACAAUUGUGGACCGCCCCCUGCAGGCCAUGUCUUGAGCGCGGCGGCGGCGAUGCGCCCGCGUCCCCCGUCACAGCGCCUCGGGCUGCGCGACCUACGCGCGGCGGCUACGGGCCCGGCUUUGGCUCUGCCCCCGCGCGGCGCCCUCGUGUUGGACCGAAGCCGGAGUUUGCUGUGCCCGUCCAGUGGGGCGGGAAGGCGGACCACCAGGCUCUUGGAGUGCUGCAGAGUUUGCCUUCCGCGCACACACUUUGCUGCAGCUCCGGGUCUGGACGUGCGGCUGGGUCAGGCACAGCUAACCUUGUCUCUGACAGACGACAGAGGCAUGUGUUUGGCUCGGUGCUGAAGAUUUCUUCGAUUGUUGUAUUGUGUUAUGUAUGAACACAUCGCAUUUGCCAAGCAUUUGCCCAUCAUGCAAGGCACGUGCUCGCACCACUGAGGUGUUCAGAUGUUUUGAAAUGCCAGCAGCAGCAGCCCUGGGGCAGCCCUGUACGUACAUCACUGUAUGUUCCUAGCAGAAAUUACAAAUAUACCUAUUGCAUUGCUGUUGCACGUCAUUAUAGUGCAGAGCCAACCCAGAGACCUGCACGAAAACGAUGGCUUCUUACGAGACGACUGUUCCGAUCCGAGAAAGACGAUCAGGUGCUCCAACUCUCCAUGCUGUGGCAGCGAUACACAUAAUGUUAUGCCUCCAGUAUUGGUACUGCAUGAAGUACCAUUUGUUGCAAGUGUUCCCAAAACAAAACGUAACGCUGAAUUAGUGUAGUUCGCUUUUCAUUCAAAAGUAGCAGUGCAUGAUUCGCUUUCACAAAAAAACGAUGUGGUAAAGGCUCCUGGGAGUGUGAGGUCAUAAUAUCGGGCACUGCGGUAGAUGGUGUGCCCCUGGAAGAGCGUGAAUGCUGCCGUACAUGCUCAUGCACUCCAGCCGCAUUAUCCGCACCGCUGUUUGAGUGUACUCGUGACUUGACUGUGU